ACUCCGCCUAUUUCUUCCGGUGUCGAGGAGAACCGCUGUGACACAAUCAUGGCGUUUGUCACUCAUUAUUUUACGCGAGCGCUGAGCUCUUCUAGCAUCCGAAAUGCCGUUAUUAAACAUGUCACUAUCAUAGGAGGAGGAUUAAUGGGAUCGGGGAUCGCACAGGUCGCGGCGUCAACCGGGCAUUCGGUAGUGCUGGUGGACACGUCUCAGGACAUCCUGAACAAAUCAACUAAGAGCAUCACGGGCAGCCUGCAGAGGGUAGUGAAGAAGAAGUUUGCAGACAAACCAGAGGCCGGCGAAGAGUUUGUUCAGAAGGUAAUGAAGAACAUUUCCACGAGCACUGAUGCUGCAUCUGUGGUGCAGAGCACUGAUUUAGUGCUGGAGGCCAUCGUGGAGAACCUCAAAGUGAAGCAGGAUCUCUUCUCUUCGUUGGAUAAAAUAGCACCAGAACACACCAUCUUUGCAAGCAACACGUCCUCUAUUCCUAUCUCCAAGAUCGCCGUCUCCACAGCUCGUCUCGACCGGUUCGGAGGGCUCCAUUUCUUCAACCCUGUUCCUAUGAUGAAGCUUGUGGAGGUCAUCCAGGCUCCUGGGACAAGCCAAGAAACAUUUAACACGCUCCUCGAUUUCAGUAAGGCGUUAGGAAAACAUCCAGUUUCCUGCAAAGACAGUCCAGGAUUUAUUGUAAACCGGCUGCUCGUUCCUUACCUUAUGGAGGCUGUGCGACUGUAUGAAAGAGGUCACGGAUCCAAAGAGGACAUUGAUGUUGCUAUGAAGCUUGGAGCCGGUUAUCCCAUGGGUCCUUUUGAGCUUUUGGAUUAUGUCGGAUUGGACACGUCCAAAUUCAUCAUCGACGGUUGGUAUGAGAUGGAUCCAGAAAACCCACUGUUUUCCCAAAGUCCACUACUCAACAAACUAGUAUCCGAGGGAAAGCUUGGCAAGAAAACUGGAGAGGGAUUCUACAAGUACAAAUGAGCAGAGCUGAAACGUACCUGAGCUUUAGUCAGAGAACAAAAAUCAUGAAAGCAUGUAGAGGUUGCCAGAAAAGCUGGGAUCAGACGAACGGAUCAUGAAACAGCACUUAUAUAAUAUAUGGACAUAAUAAAAAGAAUAAUGAUAAAUAGAACAAACACUAGCGCUUUGCUGUGAUGACACGUAGAGACAGUUUUGAAUGAAUUAUGCACGUCAUGGUAUUGUAUGUCAGCGCUAAAAUCAAGAAUGCGAUUUCUUGGAUUUAAGUCUUCAGAUGUGCAGUACUGACAGGUUUGAAAAUCGAGUCACUUUGCAAUUACUAUGAGUCAUAUAGUCCUGAGAGAUCGUAAGUGAUGGUGAACAUACUGUGUGAUUGUGACCCGUCACUUGUUUUCUGCACAUUUCAUGUUUAACCUGUGGUUAUUUCUGCAAUACAAGCAAACACUUAAAAAUA